AUGCAGGGCUUCAACAUGGGACGCUACGUCCCGCCGGACCUCGAGGGCACAACCUCAGCCAACAAAGUCCAUAAAAAGCACGCCCUCGGCCAGCGCGCAUCCAAACUCGCCUCCCACGGCAUCCUCACGGUGCGCUUCGAAAUGCCCUUCCCCGUCUGGUGCACCUCGUGCCCCCGGCCAACCAUCAUCGCCCAAGGCGUGCGCUUCAACGCCGAGAAGAAAAAAGUAGGCACCUACUACACCUCUCCCAUAUGGAGCUUCCGCUUCCGCCACGCCGCGUGCGGCGGGACCAUCGAGAUGCGGACCGACCCCAAGAACACGGCCUACGUCGUCGUGGAGGGGGCCGCGAAGCGGGACACGGGCGAGGACAGGGGUCCCCGCGAGGGCGACGAGGCCCUGGCCAUCAUGACCGACCAGGAGCGCGAGGCCCUGCGCAAGAACGCCUUUGCGAGCCUGGAAAAGACCAUCGAGGACAGGGAGAGGCUCAAGGCGGCCACCGAGAGGAUCGACGGCCUGCUGGACGCCCAGGCAAAGUCCUGGGACGACCCGUACGCGCAGAACCAGAAGCUGAGGAGGGCGUUUCGCGCGGGCCGCAGGGAGAGGGAGCGAGAAGCCGAGCGGGCCGAGGCCCUGAAGGACAGGAUGAGCCUGGGCAUUGACCUUGUCCCUGCGACGGAGCACGACGCCCAGAGGGCUGCCUUGGUCGACUUUGGCCCGGGCGAGGAUGGGCAGGCCGCGGAAAGGGCGCUGGCGAGGCCGCUAUUCCAGACGGCCGGCAAUGGCGACGGAACGAGCGGCUCCAAAGACAGGGCGCCGCUGCCCAGGGGCGGCAAGGACGCUGCGAGGCGUAAAAGCGACUUUGUCGCUGCCAUCAUGAACAAUACGCGUUCGGCGAAGGAUCCCUUCUUACAGGGCAAGGACGGCGUCAAGGCGGCGCGGAUCCAAGGCGUCAAGAGGAAGAGGACCGACGACGAGGAAAAGAAUGCGUCUGAAAAGGAUACGAGGAGUGCUUCUGCAUUGGUGGAGUAUGAUUCCGACUGA